AGAGGGACCUGCGCGCCGCGGUUCCUAUGGCCGUGAAGGAGGCGAUGGCCAUGGGUGCGCGGGGGCUGCGGCUUUGGCGGGCCACCCCUGCUGGCGGGGCAGGCUGGAGAUUUAUAGCCACAUCACCAGCUUCUCAACUGUCACCUAUGAAAGUGAUAGAAAUGCAGAACGAUCUCUUUAAUAAGGAGAAAAGCAGGCAGUUAUCAUUAACCCCCCGAACUGAGAAGAUUGAAGUUAAACUCGUUGGGAAAACGGACCCUGGCACAAUCUUUGUGAUGAAUAAAAACAUUUCAACUCCUUACAGCUGUGCCAUGCAUUUAAGUGAGUGGUACUGUAAGAAGUCCAUCCUGGCCCUGGUGGACGGGCAGCCGUGGGAUAUGUACAAGCCUCUGACCAAGACCUGUGAAAUUCAGUUUCUUACUUUCAAAGACCGUGAUCCAGGGGAAGUGAAUAAGGCUUACUGGCGUUCUUGUGCCAUGAUAAUGGGCUGCGUCGUGGAGAGGGCCUUCAAGGACGAGUAUGCGGUCCGUCUGGUCAGAGUUCCAGAAGUUCCCGUGAUUGCCGGAGCCUUCUGCUAUGACAUAGUGUUGGAUAAGAAACUUGAUGAGUGGGUGCCCACGAAAGAGAACCUACGUUCCUUCACAAAAGAUGCGCAUGCUUUAAUUUAUAAAGAUCUUCCAUUUGAAAGCCUGGAUGUUGAUGCAAAAGUGGCAUUAGAAAUAUUUCAACAUAACAAAUACAAAAUAGAUUUCAUAGAAGAGAAGGCGUCUCAGAGCCCUGAGCGAAUAGUCAAAUUACACAGAUUUGGUGACUUCAUCGAUGUGAGUGAAGGCCCUCUUAUUCCAAGAACAAGUAUUUGUCACCAGUACGAAGUAUCAGCAGCUCACAAUCUUCAGACUGCCCAGCCAAGUCUUGUACGAAGAUUCCAGGGUCUCUCCUUGCCUGUUCACUUAAAAGCACAUUAUACAAUAUGGAAUAAGCUACUGGAAAGAUCUCGGAAACUGGUGUCUGAAGAUCAGACUAAGGUGACAGAGGAAAGUGCGUCCACCUAGUUGCCUAGCGACCCUAAUGUUUACAUAUGUACAGUAAAUGGAAAUAAAAGUCUUCUAUGUAAUGUUC